UGAAAAAGUCGGACGUCGUCGUCGCUUUCCGUCCCGGACGAACGAUUCAAAAGGGUGUGCGUGCGCGUGACCGUAAAUUGCAGAAAGGACAGUAAAAGAUCGGACAGACAGAACGAGGCUCGUGCGAGAGAGCGAAGAAGCAGGUACGCGGAAAAAUAAGAAAACCACGUUGUCACGUUACACCCUGUCGUCACCGUCGUCGUCAUUUCUUUCAUCAUCGUCGGAGCGGUCCAAGUCCAAGGAAAUGGCAGUUGGCGCACAAAUCGACACGUCCGAGCGAGAUACCGGCAGCGCGAAGAUACCUCUGCUGAAUGGUGAUCAGGUGCACGAGGCUACGGAGGUGACCGAGGUGAAAAAGGAAACAGAGGACAGUGGAAGUACGAGUACGGCUAUGGAAAACGUUGUGGAAAAGGGAGAAGUUGAGGCAACAAAAGAGGGUGAAAAGGAAAAGAAUGAAGACAAUAAAAAUAAUGAUAAGAACGAGAAAGAAGCAGAAAAGAAGAAGGAUGUUUCAAAUGAACAAGAAGUUGUUUUCAUUCAAGACAUGGGCUUUACUGUCAAGAUUGUCAGCCCCGGUUCCGAACCUUUUGACAUUCAAGUAUCGAGUAUGGAGUUGGUACAGGAGAUCCAUCAGUUACUCAUGGACCGCGAAGACACGUGUCACCGCACGUGCUUUUCAUUGCAACUGGAUGGCAACACGUUAGACAACUUUGCCGAACUGAAGAAUAUCGAGGGUCUGAAGGAUGGCUCCAUUAUUAAGGUAGUGGAGGAGCCAUAUACGAUGCGAGAGGCGCGCAUACAUGUGCGACAUGUACGCGAUCUGCUGAAGUCCGUGGAUCCCGCGGAUGCUUACAACGGCGUCGAGUGUUGUAGUUUGUCUUUUCUCAAUAUUGUCACGAAUGGCGAUAUCCUAGAGAAAAAGAAGACCCGAGCGGAUUCAGUUGAUUGUACACCACCCGAUUACAUCAUACCCGGUUGUAGGGAGAGACCCCUGUUGCCCCUCCAGCCGCAGGCGAAGGAGCAAAAGUGCCCACCGUGUCUCAAGGUUCUAACAACGUCAGGAUGGAAUCCACCACCUGGCCACAGAAAGCUUCACGGCGAUCUAAUAUACUUACAUGUGGUUACGUUGGAGGACAAGCAAUACUAUUUGACUGCGUGCGCCAGAGGAUUCUUUGUCAAUCAAUCAACCAAAGAAAUAUUUAAUCCUAAACCAGCUACACCUAGCCAUUUAUGCCAUAGUCUUAUUGAACUCUUGAAUCAACUCAGUCCAUCCUUUAAACGAGGAUUUGCCUCUAUGCAACGACGCAGAACUCAGAGACAUCCUUUUGAACGAGUAGCUACCCCUUAUCAAUUGUAUGCCUGGAGUGCACCGCAAAUCGAGCACACCAUUGACGCAAUUCGCGCGGAAGACACUUUUUCCUCUAAAUUGGGAUACGAAGAACACAUACCUGGGCAAACACGCGAUUGGAACGAGGAAUUACAAACUACGAGAGAACUAUCACGUAAAAACCUUCCUGAAAGAUUACUACGAGAGCGUGCUAUCUUUAAGGUCCACAGUGACUUCGUCGCAGCUGCGACUCGCGGAGCGGUGGCAGUCAUUGAUGGUAAUGUUAUGGCGAUUAACCCUGGCGAAGAAGCUAAAAUGCAGAUGUUUAUUUGGAACAAUAUCUUCUUUUCUCUUGGCUUCGAUGUCCGUGAUCAUUAUAAAGAGUUAGGUGGUGAUGCCGCCGCCUUUGUUGCACCUCGCAAUGAUCUACAAGGCGUCCGAGUAUACGCGGCUGUGGACUUGCCCGGUCUCUAUACUCUCGGUACUGUUGUCAUCGAUUACAGAGGCUAUCGCAUCACCGCGCAAUCUAUUAUACCAGGUAUAUUGGAACGUGAACAAGAACAAUCGGUAGUCUAUGGAUCGAUCGAUUUCGGAAAGACUGUUCUUACGCAUCCUAAAUAUCUUGAAUUGUUAAAUAAAGCUGGACAGCAGUUGAAAAUCCUUCCUCAUAAAGUAAUCAACGACGCAGGUGAGGAAAUCGAACUUUGCAGCAGUGUGGAAUGCAAGGGUAUUAUUGGUAACGAUUCACGGCAUUAUGUGCUCGAUUUAUUGAGGACUUUCCCACCUGAUGUAAAUUUUCUGAAACUCGAAGGCGUGGAACUGAGCAAAGAAGCACGAGCCUUGGGUUUUCCAGUAGAACACAAACAUAGACUGGCCUGUCUACGGCAAGAACUCAUAGACUCAUUUUUCGAGGCCAGGUACGUUCAAUUUAUCAAACACGCGGCCGUUCACCUCCAACAGCUUACGUCAGCUAGAAGAUCCCAAAAGGAAAAAGAGGCAACUGCCAAGGAAGAUAAGAAAGAGGACAAAAAGGAAGACUCAAUUGUUCCUGUAACUGUAGACAGUAACAAGGAAGACUGUACUCAGUCUCUAAUAGAGGCCGAUGAAGCUAAAAAGAUUGUCGAGAGCAUCACUGACUCGAUUACAGGUGGCGAGAAACAAGAACUGGAGGAGAGCACGAAGGAGAUAGUGCGAAGAGCGGCGGCGGCAGUAGGUAGUCUGUGCGACGCUGAAUUCGAUGUAAGAUUCAAUCCGGAUGUGUUCUCGCCUGGUGUUAAACAUCCAGAUCUUAAUGGCUCUGGUCUGAAGAAGCAGAAACAAUUAGUAAAGGAUGCUGCAGAUUUCUUACUCACGGUGCAGCUGCCAACAUUCAUUCGGGAGUGUUUGGAUCAUACGGCAGCCGCAAUGGACGGUAGUACAUUAGUGGAGGCUCUUCACGGUAGAGGCAUUAACGUUCGCUAUCUCGGUAAAUUGGCGGCUAUGUUAGCCGCAGUGCCACAGUUGCAUUAUAUCAACCGCAUCGCAGUUUCCGAACUGAUUCUUCGAUCGGCGAAACAUAUUUUCACCUCUUACAUGCAGGGUACGGAUCUGAUGAAUCUGUCCGCGGCCGUCAGUCACUUUCUGAAUUGCUUGCUAUCUUCGGCACAAAUUAUACAUCCACAACAAAAUCUUGAAGAGCUUCAAAGCAAAACUGCCAAACGCCGCAAUAAACGUAAAGGAAGAAACAAUGGGCCACAACAGUUAGAAGUAGAAUGGGCAUCAUUGACGCCUAAAUCAUUAUGGCAGCAAAUUAAGGGUGAUUUGAAAGCCUAUUACGAUUGGGAAACGCCAAGCCCGGAAUCUCUGGAAGCCACAAUAGAACACUUUCAUCUACAAAAAAUUUCAUUGCUACGUGGUUUCUGCAUUAAGACUGGUAUUCAAAUACUAUUACGCGAAUAUAACUUCGAAAACAAGAAUCGAGCAACUUUCUUUGAAGAAGAUAUAUUGAACAUCUUCCCCGUCGUCAAACAUAUCAACCCUAGAGCUAGCGACGCCUAUAACUUUUACACCACUGGUCAAACCAAGAUUCAACAAGGAUACUUAAAAGAUGGAUACGAGCUGAUUAGCGAGGCGCUGAAUCUUCUUAAUAACGUCUAUGGUGCCAUGCAUCCCGAAAUUGCACAAUGUCUUAGAAUGCUGGCGAGAUUGAAUUACAUAAUGGGUAAUCAUGCGGAAGCACUUGAUACUCAGCAAAAAGCAGUCCUCAUGUCGGAAAGAGUCAAUGGCAUUGAUCAUCCAUACACCAUUACAGAAUAUAUACAUCUCGCCUUAUAUUCCUUUGCCAAUGGACAAGUAUCUGUAUCAUUAAGAUUAUUGUACAGAGCACGUUAUCUAACAUUAUUAGUCUGCGGUGAAGAUCAUCCAGAAGUGGCCUUGCUCGACAGUAAUAUCUCACUGAUUCUGCACGCUGUCGGCGAGUAUGAGCUGUCGUUGCGAUUUCUAGAGCAUGCAUUAGCCUUGAAUCUACGUUAUCAUGGUCCGCAUUCAUUGAAAGUCGCGGUAUCGUAUCAUUUAGUGGCACGUACGCAAUCAUGCAUGGGCGAUUUCCGAGCAGCACUAAACAACGAAAAGGAGACUUAUGCAAUUUAUAAGCAGCAAUUAGGCGAGGAACACGAAAAAACAAAGGAAAGCAGUGACUGCUUGCGACACUUGACUCAGCAGGCGGUUGUGUUGCAAAAGAAAAUGAACGAGAUUUAUACGGGCAAAUCAGGCGUAAGCCUGCCACCGAUUCAAGUGCAGCCGCCCAGUAUGGGCUCAGUGUUGGAUAUGCUCAAUGUUAUCAAUGGUAUUCUCUUUGUGCAAAUCAGCCAGCAAGACAUUGAUAAUUUUAAAGCGGAGAUCGAGAAACGACAGAAAGAACAAUCACCGGAUGGCAACGAGACCAUCAUGGCAAUUACCGAAAAGGAUACCAAGAAUGAUAAGGAGACAAAAAAAACAACAGAGAAGGAUGUCGUUAAGGACGAACAGAAAACAACAAAAAACUUGGAAACUAGCAAAACUGAUAUCUUGGAGUCGGUCGUGACAGCAAAGAGCUGAGUCUUUCGUUUGCCAACGACAAACAUUAGUAGUCUUUAUUUUUUUUUUUCUAAGCCCUAGUCCUCCGUUGUGGAAGAUGACGAUUUCGCGCGAAGAUCGUUAUGUACGAUGUAUACAUACUUGGUACUUGCACCAUUUUUUGUUAUACUGUUAAAACGCAAUCAGGAUACGAGAUUUAAAAAAAGACAAGCGUAAGAUUGUGCCGUCAUGGUGUGUUUGUGAAGAUAAAAGAACGAAUAUAUCCGCCGUUGAAUUUGCAUGCGAGACGCACAUUUAUCUGUUAUAUCGAAUGUAUGUACAUAAAGACAUGGAUGCCAUGUCGUUUAAAGAGAGCAAUCUUCAACAAAGAUUAUAUCUUCGAGAAGUCAAGAUAUGUAAAAGAGAUUGUUCACUUUUCGCCAACGCGUGAAAUCAAAAAGCAAUACAAUUCUUUUUUUCAUUUGCGCGGAAGCGACCACGCAUUUUUUAAAGGCUCAAGUUAUUUACCAUGCAAAAUACCGGUGAUACGGUACGUUGACGAUACCGAUCGUUAAUUCGUCAGAUUAAGAGUAAUGUUCAAACUCGAUAAAAUUUAUAUUAGACUUUCGAAACUUAUUUUACCUUCAUUCUUCCUAUUACUUUAUAGAAUGAAUUUGCAUUCUGUCUCACUUUUUUUCGAAUGUAAUGCUCAUUA